UAUCCUGCUUAAAGGAAAGAAUCGUGACAAUAGAAAAAUUACUAAAGGAUGGGUUCAUCAGACUCUAAAAUGACACAAAGUAAGAAGGAUAAUCCUCUAUUGCGCAGUAGCAGGUUUUAUCAUAUGCAGAAAACUCCGCUUUUCAACGGAUUGGUUUAUCGAAUCUUCGACCCAACAGAGGGCGCAUGGCUAUUCCUAAGCAAUACCAAAGACUAUGAAUUUCGCAUCAGAUAUCUUUUCGGUCCCAAUAGUAUUAUCAAUCCGCUAGAUGAAACCUCUAUGGAGAUGAUGGACGAUGGUUUUCAAUGUGAACUUCAUCUUUUCCCGUUUGAGGCGAAACCUUUUGUUCAAGGAGUCAUUGACGGAUUUGAAAGCAAAUUGGAAGCGUUGCCUUUGUCAGAAGAGUACUUCGCGAUGAAUCCGGAAAUAGACGAAAUGAAGUAUAACACUCGACUAGAUCCGCAAAAUAAUAAAGCCUUUUAACACUUUGCUUGCUCUACCUUUUUGAAAAUUAAGGAGAUGCGCGCUCAUAUCGUGAAUGUGCUAAAUAAAAGACCUAUAUCUGUGUUUCUGAUGUCUUUGUUAGCAUACUGAAAUUGACUUCUUUUAGUAAAUUAAGACUAAACUAAAAUACUUCUUCCCCUGAUAUUUAUGUGCUAUAGUUUUUUUUUAGAAAUUAUGUAUUAUUUUAUUAUUUUUCUGACAUGCUUUAGUUAUUUUUUGGGGUUUUCCCUACUUUAUUAUUUUUGACUCUCUCUGUUUAAACUUGUUACAAAUCUAUAAAGUGCUACUGGGGUUCUCUUACACGCAUAUAUGCGAUUGAGAUGGCCACGGAUCCUUGUCUACCUCAGUUCCAUGCAUCCGUUUUGUAACUCUUAUUUCUUUAUUGAUAUGUAUAUAUCUAUUGAUACAUAUUUCUUUGAAUUAUUGUUUUCUGUUUGUUAUUAAAAUCUUUAUGCUAUUUUUGUUCUUUGAAAUGUCCUCCCAACGGACUAAAUCACAGCGGAAUGCUCAGAAUUUAUCUACUUUUCGUUCGAAAUAUCGAGCACUCCGCUUCAUCGUAUAAUAAUAUAUUUCUGCGAAAAACAAAUAGUAUUGUACUUUUAUUUCUUCAUAGUGUGCAGUUGUUUAAAUAGGCUGACUACUAAUAUCAUACAUCGUUUCUGAAUUGCUAAACUAAUUCUAAGGAGUGGGGUUAGUCUUUAAAAUGAAAUGGCAGUGCAAUUUAUAUGCGUAUAAUUUUCAUACUUCUAAAAGUUAGUAUUUCUCAAAAAAGAAAGGCUUUCAUAUUGCUUUGGUAUACUCAUAGUUUAUUUUCCUAAGUCAGGAGACGAUUUGGUAUACCUCGUUCUUUGACAAUAUAGUAAGGAUCAUUAUAAUAACAGUAGCCUAUAGAUAAAAAGGAGGAGGGAUAGCUCAAAAUGGGAUCUUGUGCCUCUAAGGGGAAUGCAGCUCAUAAAUUCAAAAAUGGCAAGCCGACCAUGACUGGAGACCACAUCUAUCCGAUGUUUAAUGGUCUACUCUACCGUAUUACUGACAAAGAUCUCAAGCAAUGGGCAUUCUACAACGAUAGCGGUGAUCUUAUUAUCCAUGUUGGCAUCCUUUUUGAUUACGACUCUCAAAUUGCACCACUUGGCAAUACUUCAGCGAUUCGUAUUGAUGAUCCACAAGAAGGUCAUGAGGAUGACUUUGGCAAGUACUUGUGCGAAAUUGAUGUUUAUCCUGGGGAAACAGUGCUUUUUAUAUCGGGAAUUCCGACAGGCUGGUCUGUGGACACACUUGAGGCGCGUGAUUCCAUAGGCAAUCAUCAGUAUCGCUUAUAA